AUGUCCUCCAUGCCCACGUUUUGGGAUGACUCUACUCUCGCUCAAGCGUCUCUCCAAAAGCUCGCCGCGCACGAAUCAGUUCUCGCCAGAUUGGAAAGAUGGCAAAAUGGCCUCGACGAUGCCAUCGCGUCCGCCGAGGAAGCCGACAUGCUCUCUGAAGCGAAUACGAUUUUUGAAAACGUUAGCACGGAUGUGGCCAAGUAUGAGCUGGAAAAGCUACUCGACGGACCGCAUGAUAAGAGCGGCGCCGUGCUCAGCAUCACAGCAGGCGCGGGAGGGACCGAUGCCCAGGACUGGGCUGAAAUCCUUUGUCGUAUGUACACGCGCUGGGCGGAAAGUGAAGGUUUUGGUGUUAGAGUUGUUGAUCUCAGCGAGGGGGAGGAAGCUGGUUAUAAGUCGGUAUCGAUUGAGAUAGACGGGAAACAUGCGUUUGGAUUUAUGCGUGGGGAAAUUGGGACGCAUCGAUUGGUAAGGAUCAGUCCUUUUAAUGCGCAAAGCAAGCGGCAAACGAGCUUUGCGGGCGUGGAGGUGAUGCCUAUACUUGAGGAAGAGGAUCUCACGAACAUCGAGAUUCCAGAGUCGGACCUCAAAGUGACGACGAUGCGGGCGGGUGGGAAGGGGGGUCAGAAUGUCAACAAAGUUGAGUCUGCAGUUCGCAUGGUGCAUGAGCCCACGGGAAUUGCUGUGCGAUGCGCGCAAGAGAGGUCGCAGCUGAUGAACAAGUCAAGGGCUUUGAAUAUGCUCAAGGCGAAGCUCUUGCUCAUAAAAGAAGAGCUCAGAGUGAAGGAGUUGGCGGAUAUUCGGGGAGAGGCAAUCGAAGCGGCCUGGGGUUACCAGAUCCGCAACUAUGUGUUGCACCCUUACAAGAUGGUGAAGGAUGUGCGAACAGGUGUGGAAAAUGCUGAUGCUCAAGGCGUUCUUGACGGGCAACUAGAACAGUUCAUAUCAGCAAUGCUCCAGUUCAGAAACGAGGAGAGAGAAACUGUGGAAUUCGAACGUGCAUAAAUUCUUGUUAACAAAUGGAUCACGGCUUACGAAAUCGCUCAAGCAGUGUCUACGUGAAUGUUGCAGAACGUCAAAGAAGCGCUGAAAACGAAGGUUCAGAACACUGGAAAGCGUUUAUGUAGAUACGAGAGUUGAUUGCGAACAAGUUCUGAAGAGGGAAAACUAGCUAACAAGCAGAUGAAGACAGGCUAAGCACCGAAACGACUCUCCUGUUGCUACACUACAAAAGGACAUGCGAAAUUG